UGUGAUCAGUGUUUUGUUUUUGAUUGUUCGGUAAGUUGUGGAGUUGUUGAAUUGAGCUUGUUGCUGGCGGCGAGUCAGUUUUCACUGUUCUAGUCUCGUUUUUGUUGUAAAUUUAAAUGAUUAUGAAUGGGAAGUGUUUGGGACGCCAUGCAAAAACAGAAUGCACGGUUUAAUACGCCGACAACCGAAACGACUGUACAUCGGUUCUCGCAAUCAUCAUUUCCACCGGCGACAUUCUCCAUGCCUUCGAGUCCCACUGGCUUGAGAAUGAUACGCCAUCCCAUCCCCACCAGCAAGGGCCGGAUGUCGUUCGCUGAUAAAUUGGACCCGAUUGUUAAGACCCCUAAACUAAUAUUACCACCAAAAAUGACAUUUCAAAGGACGACCAAUAUGCCACUUAUACCUGCAGAUAUACCUCCUACUAAAGCACCCGCAAAUGAUCCAGAAAAAAAUAAAACUGAAGAAUCGAUAAUUGCAAACAAACCUAAAACACCUGCGGAAACGUGCUUAUUAAAAAGUAAUGGUUUAGAAUCUCCAAUUUCCAUUAAACACAAGUUACCGUUUACAAUUGUCCCAAACAAGGGCAGUUACAUUAAAAAAACAACAAAUCCAAUAAACAUAGAGAAUACUCGUAUACAAGCAACUGCUGAAAAAGAAACCCAAACUGAAAUAUGUUUGGUUGUAACUGAGGAAGAGAUUCACAUCCUAGAGAUAGUAAAGAACAGUGGCUUGUCGAGUGAUGAACUACAAAAUCAACUUGUCAACUGCAAGGAGGAGAAAGAAAAGAAAAACGAUGAAAAGGUUGUAAUAGACAUAGAAGAUGAUUCUGAAGAAAAUACAAAUGAUUUGUAUGCCAAAAUAAUGAAGCACAGUACUAACAACAAGUUUGUGCUUAACAAAAUUGCUAAGAUAUUGCAAAAAAGCAAUAGUUUCACCAGUAAGCCAUCGACGCCUCCUCACGAACUGCCAUCCAACCCCCCUUCCGCAUCUACCGCCCCGAUUACUGCAGUUGGUGCCCCAUCAGAGUGCUCCAUGCCGAGCUCCAUCACUGCAGUUGGUGCUCCAUCAGAGUGCUCCAUGCCGAACUCCAUCGCUGCAGUUGGUGCUCCAUCAGAGUGCUCCAUGCCGAACUCCAUCACUGCAGUUGGUGCUCCAUCAGAGUGCUCCAUGCCGAGCUCCAUCACUGCAGUUGGUGCUCCAUCAAAGUGCUCCAUGCCGAACUCCAUCACUGCAGUUGGUGCUCCAUCAGAGUGCUCCAUGCCGAACUCCAUCACUGCAGUUGAACGUCCAACGCACGCCUGUGGUUCCCAACCGACCGUAUCAGGAGUUGCCUGCGCAGGUGCCCCAAAUGCAGGUGCCACAUAA